AUGGCGCCGAUUAUCGCCUUCUCCGCCUCUCGAGGCGUCCGUCUGCGGAGCACCGAGAUGACCUGCGCCAUGAGAGCCGCAUCGCACGGCAUCACGAUGGGGCCGUCGCUGGGUAAUCCGAACUCCUCCUCCGACAUCUGGAGGAGCUCCCGGAAGAUGAAGGUGUUGAGGUACGCCAAGGGAACCACAAAGCGUUCCCUAUCUCGAGAGUAGACGACGAAGCUUCCCUUACUCGGCGCAGAGGAGGAGCUGAUACAAGACUCCGCUUGCUCACCUUUCCUCGGUUUCAGCCAGGUGAUUCUUCGACUCCCCCCGACUGAGAUCUUCUGCCAUCUCCUCGCCAACCGGAGGAGCCUCUUGGCGCUGAUCAUGAUGUCCAGAGGGGAGAGGUUUGUGGGGAGGAGAGGGAAAUCUGGGUGAGUGAACUACUUCAGACUGACUGCGGGAGGCUGAGAUGGGUUCGUGAGCCAGUCCCUUCCCUCUAUAUAAAAUUCCUCCAAGUUUAUGAUUGGUAGGAGCAUCGCUAUCUUAUGGUAUCCUAUGUGGGGACGAGGCAGGCCAUGUGCUGUCCAAUGGCUGUAUCUGAGGACCUCGCCGGCUAGUCCCAUCAUCCCCGAGCAACUAGGCACGGGGCCGAGCCCCCUCGUCCGCGAGCAACUGGGCAUGCUAGUGGGGUUAGAGUGCCCAAGCUCUCUAGGGCCCCCAGCGCGACCUGCCUUCCUCUCUCUGUUCACUCACGGUCGAUCUACUGCUUUAAUCUGUAGGGUUUGGGCUCUGGUCCAAUCGUCGACAAAGGUUUGAUGAAGCACGGGUGUCCGGCAACAGACUGAAGUCAGGCACGCCAUGCUGUAGUCUGAUGAACUUCAUCAAAGAGUUCUUGUUUCUUCCUCCGUCCUUCCGAGGAACAAGGACUUAUUGGUAAAUUAA